AUUGAUUUUUGAGGGCGUACAGGGCAUCCUAAAGAGAAAGAGAAAGUGUUUCAGUAAAACAAUGAUUAACAACUUUAAGGAAAGAGCAUGAACUGGUGCAGUCAACUCCACAUGUCUUACAGGAAACAGAAGCAGAAACAUGGGAAGCUGCUGGACAAGGAAAGUGAAAGGGACUAUUAUUAUUCAGUCGUUGUUCUGCAAGCAACACAGCCAGACAAGGUAACAGCAAGAAAGUAGUUAUGACUCACACCCAAAUCCCCUCCUAAACAAAGCCCUCAAAGUCAAUCAUCAACUUACUUUCUGAAAGUGUACAAGGAAAUAAGAGGUUCUUUGAUUCCAGUCAGAUGCUUACCUGAAGAAACGAGAGGACAAGCACUUCUUCACACUGAGGUUUUAAGUGCCAAGAUGUGUCUGCCACAACUGGGGGUACUUUGGCUUUUUGUUGCUGUCAGACUCACAACAGCAGAGCAGGUGACGGUACACACGAGUGACUCUGUAAGAGUGUCAUGUCUUCAGAGUGUCACCCUUCACUGCAACAUCACUUCCCAGGAGGAGCUGCAGAUCAAGCAUCUGUCCUGGUUCAACGCAGACAUUCCAGACUCGACACUGUGUGAAGUUAACCCGCAGACAGGGGAGAUCGAGCCGCCGAACCCACAGAACCCACAGAACCCACAGAACUUACACAGACGCGUGCAGUGCACUUACACCCCAUCCUCCCAGCUGACCCUGACCCUGUUCCCCGUACGACCACAUGAUCAGGGAACGUACACCUGCAAGCUGCGCUCAACCAAAGGGAUAAAGGUUUCAACUACGCGCGUGGAGUUACAAGAGUGCUACAGGGAGGCCUUUGCCAGCUUCAACGACCUGGGUCCCACCUGCGUCUUCACUGGGGUCUACCCUGACGGAGAUGUACACUGGUUCCAGGGAACCAACAACCUGACUGGGGACGCCCAAAACAACACUAAGCAAGAGGAGGUUGGAGGUGCGCGGACUGUGACUAGUUCCCUGAAGAUAGGAAAUGAGGGAGGGGCCUACAACUGUUCCCUGUGGAUACCCAGCACCGGAGUCUACCUGACCAGUAGAGAUAUAGGAUGUGUGGAGGAAUCUUCUUUUCGUUCCAAAUCAAUAGCCGGAUGUGGGGUGGCGGCAUUCGGACCUGUGUGGACACUCUAUUUUUUUUUUCUCUUCUUGCAUUCCAUUGUUUCCUCUGUAUAGCAAACAGCAGUAUCAUUUAAGCAACGCUGGCCGCUGUGUGUGGUUCCUCUCAGAACACAACACAAUUCCCAGAUGAAAUGGCCUGAUAACCUGGCUCAAGAACAAAUCAGUGGACAUUAGGGGAAUUUAUGUGAAUGUGUGUAUGUGUGCAUGUGAUUCCUUGGGUGAUCAGCAUCUUUGAUGGACGGCAUAAUAAUUCAACAGACUCACACACAAUUUGCACAUAACAAGGAGUAACGGCAUUUCAGGGAGAUCUGAUUUGUGUGAAAAUUGGGUGAUCCAAUAUCACACUGUAAAUAAUGUUUUGCUGAGGAGUUGUGGUCAGUGAUGGUGGUCAUAAACGCUAGCGACACAGACCCCAAUACCUGUGAGUUUGAAUCAUGACACAGUGGAUUUUUCUUGUCCAUAAUUAACGCCCCUUAACCAUACAGGAGUGUUACCUAACCUUAAUCACUUUUGCUCUCUUACCUUAACCCCUAACCAUAACCAUUCUGGAGUAUUACCUAGCACAACGCUUCCCUAAAACAGACAAAAUGUUUUAGUGCAUAUUUAGUAUGUGUCUGUGUAUGUUCAAGAUCUACAAACUGCUUAUUUUUACAACCAUUUCCUUAACUGGACAAAGAAACACAGAGAAUACCACUUAGCAGUGUCGGCCGAACCCGGAAACAGAUGUUUCUCAGGAUACAGUCUUUCAGCAAAACUCUCAGCACCUUCCUUUUCCCUUGAAACACCGAUGCCUGAGAGUUGGUCCUUACGUUUCCUUUAGGCCUGUUAGCCAACAAAGACAUUGCACUGACCUCACUGUCUUUCUCAGGUUGGCAAAUGUUGCCCUCUGCUGAUGUCAAAAGAGUACUGCUGAUUUUUUUUAAGUAACAACCUUAAUUGUAAUUUCAGAUGGCAUUAAUGCAACUGCAAAUCAUAGUCCAUCCAAGCUACAUAGCUCUAUGUCGGAUGUGAAGCCAUAGUCAUGUAUUAAAAAGGUGGCAACAGGGAAGAAUCCAAGAAUAACCUAGCGUUCAAGAGCUUGGGCCAGUAUACAUAAAGUUGUUGUUUUGAAUCCCAGAACCAACACGGUGAAAUCCCUGUUGUUCUGUCCCUUUACAAGACAGAUAACCCUAACUGCUUCCAGGUGAUUGCGGUAAAUUGGAAUCAUAAGAACAUUCAUUUCUGAUUUUAAAAAAAGGCCAGUGAGCAAAUUUUGUUCUCUCUUUUUGUUCUACUUCUACUGAAUUCGUUACUUGGUACAUUAAUUAAAGAAAGCAAUGUCAAAAUGUAGCAUUAUUUAACUUGUCUUUUCAUAUAUACAGGGACUUGGAUUUAAACAAUAAUUAUGAUAAUUUUACUCUCAGUUCUCACCAAGACAUACAGCACGUAAUAUAAGGCUUCAAAGAAUGUUUAUUUAUACGUAAGAAAUUAUUUUAUCAUUCUUUGCUUUUUGAACCAACCUCUUUGUUUGAGCCUCACGGACAGUUUGGUUCACUAUUGUUAUCUGUUAUGUGAAUUGUGAUUGGAUUUAAUUGCCUCGGUACGCUGGUAUAUGGAAAUCAGGCAGAGUUUAAAACGUGCGCACAGCCGAUAAGCAAGCCCCCUCCCAUAGGGUUCCCUCGAUGAGUCAAGUGCAAAGGACCUCCAUUCAAUAAGAACACCACUAUCAACGUCUUUUAGGCCCACUAAAAAGACACAUUUAACAGUUUUCCUCAUAUAUUACAACAGUUAGAUUAUCCACUUUUCAGAAUAAGCCUGUAACUGAACAAAAUGUGGAAAAGGUAAAGCGCUCUAAAUACUUUUGGAAUGCACUGGAUAUUUAAUUUGUAAAUGUAAUGUACAUCAUCUUAAAAUUAUGUAAUGAAAGUAUAGGAUAUGUUCUUGUAUAGGAACACUUGUAUCUCUUCAUCUCAUUUGUUCAACACUAAGUGUAUUGAAAAUAUAUGUAUAUCAACUUCAGUUGAUUUGAUGUAUUCUGUGCUCAUACAUUUUCGACCACUAGUAGCAACUUCACAUCAAGUGAAACAGUGAUUUCUUGGUAUGGCUUUGACUAAAUGUACUUUUAAUAAAUACAUUAAAGUUCA